CCUAGGCGGAGCGGAACUUCAGGCGCCGACCUCCUCGUCGUUGUCACUUCCACUAUCAUCAACUUAGCGCCAUCAACACCCAAGAGGGACGCGCAAACGCACAUCCACGUUCAUCGAGAUGGCCUCGCAAGCAGAUUAUAAGGACCGUCAAUUCCUCGCCGUCAUUGGCGACGAAGACUCAGUAACAGGCCUGCUUCUUGCGGGUAUCGGCCAUGUAACUACAGGUGCCGAUGCUCAAAAGAACUUCCUCGUCGUUGAUGGCAAGACCGAUACAGCUGCUAUUGAGGCCGCGUUCGAUCGAUUCACCGAAGAUCGCAAAGAUAUUGGCAUCGUGCUCAUCAAUCAACAUAUCGCUGACCGAAUUCGACAUCGCAUCGAUACCUAUACUGCGGCUUUCCCUGCCGUGUUGGAGAUCCCAAGCAAAGACCACCCUUACGACCCUGAGAAGGAUAGUGUAUUGAGACGAGUGCGACGCCUAUUUGGAGAGUAAGGGAUAUUGUUUCACUGGGCGCAAGGAUUUGUUUCGGGAUAAUGGAGCGAGCAUGGCAUAGAGGCGGCAGUGAGCAUGGCCGCACAUGACUUGAGGCCAGCAUUGCGGUUUUUUCUUCGACUUAAUGUUGUGCAGGGCAGUUCCUAUUACAGAGAUACGAGGUGGAGUACAAUG